AUGGAUAGAAGAAUCCUCAUCUGCUCUGUUAUGGUGCUGGAGUAUUUGGGCCUUGCAUGGGCCCAGGAUCGGCUGAUAAGCCCAUCCAAGCUCGAGAAGUUCGUCGAUGAAAUUACGGAAAUACCGACAAUCGAAGGUUUCGAUGUCGUCAAUGGCUUUCCUGUUGCUAAGUCACUCCGUAUCGGCAUGUUUAGCAAAAAAUGGAAAUUCCAUAGAGACCUUCCUCCAACCCAAGUCUUCGCAUACGGCCUAUCAAAGGAAGAAGCAACAGUCCCAGGCCCAACAAUCGAGGCCCAACAAGGUAUAAGCACAUCUAUCAAAUGGGAAAACCAUCUCCCCACCAAACACAUCCUACCAUUCGACCGCACAAUCCCAACCGCCCAUCCCCGGACCAACAUCGGCAUCCCCACGGUGGUGCACCUCCACGGCCACAUUGGCCCGCCAGCUACCGACGGCCACGCCACGUCCUGGUUCACGUCCCAGUUCAGCCAGUGCGGCCCGUCUUGGUCGAGGAAGACCUACAUUUACAACAACAAACAACACCCCGGGACCUUGUGGUACCACGACCACGCCAUGGGGUUGACUAGGGUCAACCUCCUCGCCGGCCUCGUCGGUGCCUAUCUCAUUCGCCACCAUCCCACCGAACAGCUGGGAGUAGUUUUGGUCAACAAAGUAGAUCGACUGAGAGAGAAAUUGAGAACUCAGCAGAUCGAAGAGUGGAUUUGA